UCAACAUCAUGGCGGAUUCUUGUUUUGAUUCUACUAGGUCUGAUGUGAACAGAAAAUCUCCAAUGAAACAAGGUGAUACAUCCUGUCCUGGUGAUAAAACUGAUGCAACAGAAACAGCUGAUAGUUCUGAGACCUCAGGUUCACCAAAUAACACGAUUCUCGUUGGAAAGCCGCUGCAAGUUGACCAUAAGCUGCCUGAAGGAUGGAGACGUAAGGUGGUGCAACGAUCUAUGGGAAAGUCAGCUGGAAAAUAUGAUGUCUACUUAUUCAGUCCUGAAGGCCGAAAGUUUCGCUCCAAAACGGAUUUAGCAUAUUACUUCUUGAAGAAAGGUUUGGACUUUGAUCCUGAGAAAUUUGACUUUAGUGUGCGAGGAGCAGAUUACGUAGGAAAGGUGCACACACCAAAAAAGGCACAAUUGAUUAAGAAAUCAAUAAUCAAAAACAAACAAAAAGGAGUCAAGAAAGAGGCUGAACUAAAGUCGGAAAAGACAAAUACUAGCAAUAAGCAGAAAGCAACGUUUGUGCAGAAACUUGUUGUGAAAAUGAAUUUUGGGAGGCGACGAUUAAGGAGUGGGGGUCCAGUUGAGGAGUCUGACCUUGCUGAAAUGCCCAAGCCUAAGAAGGCGAGACUUAGUGUUUUAGCUGAGGAGGGGAAGACUGUCCAGAAGGUAGCCAAGUCUGCUCUCAAACCAUCGAAUAAGUCCUCCAAGAAGGCAGCUGCCUCCCCAAAAAAGACUGGUAAAAAGGGGCGGAGAAGCAGCAAAAGUCUCAAAAAGAGAUUAACGCCCAAGAAAAAGCCAAAAUCUCAAGCAAAAUCUCAAAAGGCAGCUAAGAAACCAGGCAAAGAGGAGAUGAAGAUUGAUAAGUCGGAACCAGAGCUGUCUGAAACGGAGAAGUCUGAAGUGCCAUCUAAGAAACUGUUGGUUAAGACGUUGAUGUCUGAACCCCCUGCUAAGAAACUCUUAGGUAAGAUGAAAAAGGAAAAACGGAAGAAGGAAAGACCGGUAACAGUGAUGAAAGAGAGCGAGUGUUCAGUUGUGGAUGUGACGGAAGAGAGGAGUAUUGAAGUGAAGGAGAAGAAACCCAAACCGAGAAAGCGUAGCGAUUCCUCUACGUCCUGUAAACGCACAGAGGGUCUUGUCAAAGUUGCCUCCAAUGUCGAGAAAUGGGAUGACGUCGAUGGGAUACCUAUUGCCCACUUGUUCCUCGGGAAACACGCACCAAAAUUGGAGGAUAUUCCUGAAACAUGGAUGUCUAAGUUUCCAAAGCGAGGAUCUGGCGAGUAUAUUGUUCUGGAUAGUGGCCAUACUUACGCGAAGAUGCCACGCGUUGUGAAGGAGCAGUUGGGUUUUGUUGUUCCUGUUCAAAGCAAACUGAACAGAUCUGUGAGCGUAGACUUAGCAGGGCCUAGCAAGGCACCGAUUGUUAAAAAGAUAGUGUCAGACCCCAAGACAUCGAUUGUGCAAUCGAGUAUUAGACAGCGUACUGUCUCUGAAACAGCUACAGAUGGUGGCAAGACCAUUAUACCAGAAGGCAAGACAUCAUUAAUGCCACUCAAUAUCCGGCAGCGCUCAGUCUCGGAGACACUAACUGGUGACAGUAAAAUGCGCAAAACAAUAUUUGUUGUAAAGAAACGGACAACUCCCGAGGGUCUAUCCCCAGUUCUUGCGCCAUCUUCCAUAUCUCCUCAGUUGUCAUUCUCCGAGAACAAUAAUAAUAUGGUUGUGACGUCACUCCAGCCACAGGCAACUGUGACGUCGCUUCAGCCACAAACCUCCACAGUGUCCUCUUCACCUCGGGUCGAAGUGCGCCUGAACCCGACAUCAGCUCCCAUUAUCCUUAAUCCGGCUACAAGCCCGAUCACGUCGCAGCUAAUAAAAGUCCGAAUGGAUGAUCGUCCACGGAUCGUGCUGAAGCAGGCUACAACAAGCCCUUCUGCAUGUACUACAUCACAGCCAGUUCAAGUCAGAAUGGAGAACCGUCAGCAGGUUUUGGUUUGUACGGCAGCUGGCUCUCCAACGACCCCAGUUGUAACCCCGGUAACACCCAAGUCUGGAGUAAGAGUGAUUGGACCAGAUGGUAUGUGGAUCAUAAUGAUGCCGGUGUAUCCAGAAGUCCAAAAGCCUUCAGGUGACUCUAGCAAUUGCGGAGCGGAAGACUUCAGUCAAGAGCUUGUUUGGGCCAGAAAUUCACAAAAUAUCUGUUCUUCAUCUCAAUUUACCUCAUCUGAAACCUAUGACCUCUUGCCUUCAGGUAAAGCCAGAUUAGAACCAGUGUCCCUGAAGAAGUAUCACCAGCAAUGGACCCCUCCCAAGUCGCCCUAUAAACUUGUUCAAGAGAGCCUGUUCCAUGAUCCUUGGAAAUUGCUGAUAGCUACAAUAUUUUUACAGAGAACCGCUGGUAAAGCUGCCAUCCCAGUGCUAUGGGAAUUCUUCACCAAAUGGCCGUCCGCUGAGAUAGCAAGGGAUUCCGAUUGGAGAGAAAUUGCGAAGCUACUACAACCACUUGGCUUGCAUGAAAAAAGAGCACAAAUUGUUGUGAGAUUCUCAGAUGAGUAUCUCUCAAAAGAUUGGAAGUACCCCAUGGAGUUGUACGGGAUUGGAAAAUAUGGAAAUGACUCUUACAGGAUAUUCUGUUUGAACGAAUGGAAGCAAGUGACACCUGAUGACCACAUGUUGAACUACUACCAUCGGUGGCUGUGGCGGAACCAUCAACAGCUUGGAAUAGACUGAAUCUGUCCUUCCACUUAAGAAAUAUCACUUAGUUCAACCCUUGAAGGACAAGGGCUAAUCCAAUCUAUCAUGACAGCAAUGGUCCCAUCAGCAAGUAUGUGCUUCUUCCAGUAAGUGAUAUGCUGAUGGGCUUUGAUAAUGAUAUAUGAACUUUUACUGCAAAUCUCCGUCUGGUAUCAGAAUUCUAUCGGGAUAUGCCUGUCAGUGUCAUCAGAGUUAAAAAUUUACUUACUUGAGCAAAUUGUAUGUGCCAACCUCUAUUAGGGUAUUUACAAAGUAUG